GUGACGGCUACUUUGUCCCUCGCGGCUGCUUGUUCAUCAGCUGGGAUCGUGGUACUAUACGCAAGAGACUUGCAUUUCUGCAACAACUCUAAAAUGCAUCUCCCAUGCAACAGAUUUGAGAUCUCAAUAGCUAUGGCUUUCAUAACAUGGUUCUUUAUUGCCAUAUCUUCUCAUGUUAUGUUUUGGUUAUUAGCCUCUGCUUAACCAACCAUCGCUGACCGGCCAUCCGUUCACCUGUUUUCCGUGAAAAAAAAGUUCUUGCUUAACUCGUGUGUGUAUUUCGGUUGUUAAGAAUUAUUCAAAUUUUGAUCCUGCAGCAUUGUAUUUGUCAAUCCUGUGUUUUGUCAUUGGUUUGUACCUUCAAAAUGAACAUCCGAACUCCCGACUGGAAAUGAAAAUGAUGGUUUAUGUGUUGUAGACAAGCACGAUGGCGGUUUGUUGA